UAAGGGGAAAGGUUGGUGCAAAUAAUUAGAUCUGCGAUGAGAGGGUAAGCACAUAGCAGCGCCGGCAAAUUCUUCGCCGACGUCCUCCUACGGUGUUUUCUUUUCUCUUUGAUCCGAAAACCAUGAAGCAGAAACGUCUAAGCCCCAUCGUCAUAUUCCAUUAGCUUGGUUCCUUUAUAGGCCAAAGUAGAUUCCCCUCACCUUACCUAGUCUCUUUCUUUAUUCUUCCUCCCUUUCAAAGACAACCCUUUUACUCCUCAUCGCAAGUCCUGCCAAAGCCUCUGGUCCUCCUCCGCUGCUCUCUUGUGCCACAUCUUUAGGGGGAGAAGGGAAUUCGUGAUGCAAAGUGAUCAAGGUCUGGGCAUGGAGAUGGGAGUAGGUGCAGGAGGGGAGUGCUCCUCUUCCGCCGCAGCGGCGGAGCAGCAGCUUCUGAAGGCGGAGAUGGCGGUGCACCCGCUGUGGGAACAGCUGCUGGGGGCUCACGUCGGCUGCCUCCGGGUGGCCACGCCGAUCGAUCACCUACCGCUGAUCGACGCGCAGCUGGCGCAGUCGCACCACCUGGUCCGGUCCUAUGCCGCCGGUCGUCGCCCCUUGCUUUCCCCCCACGAGAAGCAAGAACUCGACUCCUUCCUGGCGCAGUAUCUUAUGGUGUUGUGCUCGUUCAGAGAGCAGCUCCAGCAACACGUCCGUGUCCACGCCGUGGAGGCCGUCAUAGCUUGCAGGGAGAUCGAGCAGUCUUUGCAAGAUCUCACAGGAGCAACUCUCGAAGAAGGGUCGGGAGCGACGAUGUCGGACGAUGAGGACGAGCUGCAGAUGGACUGCCCAUUAGAUAUCAGCGUGGAGGGGCAUGACAUGAUGGGAUUUGGGCCGCUGCUUCCCACUGAAUCGGAGCGGUCUCUGAUGGAGAGGGUGAGGCAAGAACUGAAGAUUGAACUGAAACAGGGCUUUAGGUCGAGAAUCGAGGAUGUACGAGAAGAGAUACUUCGGAAGAGAAGGGCGGGGAAGCUGCCCGGUGACACCACUUCGAUAUUGAAGCAAUGGUGGCAGCAAAACUCCAAGUGGCCGUACCCUACUGAGGACGACAAAGCAAAGCUGGUGGAGGAGACAGGCCUGCAGCUGAAGCAGAUCAACAACUGGUUCAUCAACCAACGAAAGCGCAAUUGGCACAACAGCUCCCAGUCGGCGACCACUCUCAAGUCCAAGCGCAAGAAGUGAAAGCGUGCACAAGUAGCAACACCACUGGAUUAACCAUGAAGACAUGAAUGAAUGACUUUGAAGUUUCUUGUAGUCCACCGACCGUACCGCAGUAUCUAAUAUUGGUUCCACCACCUGGUGAUUGAUUCGCUAAUGACCUGUCUGUUUGAUGAAUAGAUGUCACAGAAAUUGUAUCGAGAUGGUGCUCUGGCUCUCAUAAUAGUCUGAUUCCUCUUGUGAGAUCA